ACUCUAAUCUCCUAGCCAAAAAGGAAACAAGCAGUCUAUACAAAAUACAGUUUCACAGUGUUAAACCGGAAUGCCUAGAAGCAUACAACAAAAUUUGGUGUGUAUACCAAACUAUCCUUUACUUGGCGGGAAAUAAUGAUUUUAAUAUCGGUUGGUUCAGCUAACACUUGAUAGCAGAGUGAGAUCUUUGUUCCAUUUUCUUAAAGCUGAACGUUCAGAGGCUCUGAAGUUGAACUACGUACGGGAUUACCAAGGACGUUUUGAUGUUAAGCACUCACACAGAAAAUCAGCACCUAAGUCAAGAGGUGUUGCCAAAGAUUCACGAAGAUAAGCAUUACCCUUGUACCUUGGUGGGGACUUGGAACACGUGGUAUGGCGAGCAGGACCAAGCUGUCCACCUCUGGAGGUAUGAAGGAGGCUAUCCCGCCCUCACGGAGGUCAUGAAUAAACUCAGAGAAAAUCAGGAAUUUUUGGAAUUCCGGAAGGCAAGAAGCAACAUGCUUCUCUCUAGGAAGAAUCAGCUGCUGUUAGAAUUCAGUUUCUGGAAUGAGCCUGUUCCCCGGUCAGGACCCAACAUAUAUGAGCUCAGGUCUUACCAGCUUCGACCGGGAACUAUGAUUGAAUGGGGCAAUUACUGGGCUCGUGCAAUACGCUUCAGACAGGACGGAGAUGAAGCUGUUGGAGGAUUCUUCUCUCAAAUUGGGCAGUUAUACAUGGUGCAUCAUCUUUGGGCUUACAAGGAUCUGCAGACGAGGGAAGACAUACGGAACGCAGCCUGGCAUAAACAUGGCUGGGAAGAACUGGUGUAUUAUACAGUCCCACUUAUUCAGGAAAUGGAAUCCAGAAUCAUGAUCCCACAGAAGACCUCACCCCUCCAGUAAAGCUGCAGAAUUUAGAUGUGCCUACAUAAAUUUAUGUGACAAGUAUUUGUCAUAAAUUAAUUUUAAUUGUAUAUCAAGUGAAAAACACUGAAAUGUAAACUGCUGUAUAUAGCUUAUGAGAAACCCUUUUUCUUUAAAAUUUACAUAACUCUAAGAAAGGAAACGAUUACAGUUUGAUUGUAACAGCACUCUGUAGUCCUCUGAAACAUCCCUGUGUUUGUCGAAUAUACCUUGUAAUACUGACCACCCCUCUCACCCUCCGGGGAAAGAGGGCCCAAAUUAAAAUUUGAAUCAUCUCUAAAUAAGAAUCUAGCCAUGAAAAAAAAGUUAGUCAUUUCUUUAAAAAAAAGCAAAUCUGUCUUACAAUUACAGAUUUUUAGACAAAUUUCUUGUAUCAGGAAGAAAUACAAAUUUUGUCAUGUUUCUCUGGCAGGUUUUUUCUGAGUCUCAAACUAGGAACAAAUUAUGAAUAAACCCGAUACCUGAAUAUAUUUUAAUUCGCUCUCAUUUUCAAUCAGUUCGCAUAGUAAAUGAGUCGUCACUAAGCUGGCAGUGGCUGCCGAGGCGCAUUGAACCUAAUCCGGUCCCCACGCAGUGUUGUGGUGUCUCUGUGUGAGGGGAGAUGGCUUGAACCUGUGUAUCAUAUGUGAUUUUGAAAUGAACACCUUGAAUAGCACUAAUUUUUAUUUGUAAUAUUUUUCUAUAACAAAACGAGAAGCUCUAGAAAAAGAGGUUUUAUUUUGUAAACAAUCAUUCAUGGCCCCCGACACCAUAAAUAUUGUCGUGAGCUCACAGCAGCCCCUCCACCGUCCUGCAUGAGGGGUGGCGCGGGCUGGUUUAAGUUGGCAUAGCGCUGUGUACUUGUCUAGCUGUUUGAUUUCCUUUUUUAAUACAAUGUGCCAGUUUUGUGAAUGUCAUCAUGUGAAAGGCCUCUUGAAAAGAGAAAUCAUGUCUGACCUCCAAAUUAAAUAACUUCUGUGUAAAAAAGUGUGAAUAAAUCUCAUCAAAUUUCAAACUUUUACAUGUGAAUGGUUUUCUCCAAGAACAUAUAAAAGUCAAUAAAAUUCUCUGACUUUCCACAUA